GAAAGCAUGAUUUCGGAUCAAGGAAUAGCAAUCAAAUUCGUUCUUGUUAUUCUUUUAUAUGUGUUUGUUUCCGGAGAUGAAGAAGUGAGAUGCAUAGAGAGGGAAAGAGAUGCUCUUCUAAGCUUCAAGAAUGGCCUAAUCGAUGCUGAGUUUGAUGAUCUCUCGUCGUGGCAAAACAACGAAUGCUGCGCAUGGAAUGGUGUUGAGUGCAGCAACGCCACUGGCCACGUCAUCGCCCUCAAAGUCAAUGGUGUCGUAGUAAAAGAUAGCGGUAAGAUGGCCUAUUCAUUGCUUGAGUUGCAUCAUUUAAAGUAUCUUGACCUCAGUGUGAAUGAUUUUGGAUGUAUUCCGAUCCCGGAAUCCAUUGGUUCCAUGAAACAAUUACAACACUUAACUAUUGAGGAAUCUAACCUUUGUGGGAGUGUCCCUCCUCAGUUAGGGAACCUUACCAACCUACGCAUACUUGAUCUCUCACAUAACUUUUUGAGUUCUAUAUCUUCUUUUACACUUGGUUCUGUAUUGGAAUCACUUGAAGUAUUGAAGUUGUCUUAUAAUAAACUCAAUGGAUCGAUUCCAGACCUAAAAGCAUUUCCUUCACUGAAAGAAUUGCACCUCGGAAAAAACAACUUUACAGGCUCUAUUCCUCUGAGUAUUGGCCACCUCUCAAAGCUUCAGCUUCUAUAUCUUUCCUUCAAUUCUUUGGAAGGUUUAGUUCCUCUAAGUAUUGGCCAACUCUCCGAACUUCAAGAUCUAGAUCUUUCGUAUAAUUCAUUGGCGGGUGUAAUCUCUGAAUCCCACUUCAUCAAGCUUAUUAAGUUAAAGUCAUUAGAUUUAUCCUUUAAUCCAUUAUUGAUCUUGGAAAUUGCCCCUGAUUGGAGUCCUCCUUUUUGUUGUUUGAGUAGUUUAUAUUUAACUAGGUGCAAUGUGGGCCCAUAUUUUCCAAAAUGGAUCCGAAGUCAGACGAACUUGUCAAUCCUUGAUCUCCGUGAUGCCAAAAUAAGAGAUGAAGUCCCAAGGUGGUUGUGGAGUACGUCUAAUUUAUUAAAGUCUUUAUAUCUAUCCGACAAUCUAAUAAGUGGCACAAUUCCGAAUCUCUCGUCUACCUCUAUCUUGUCUAUGGAUGUUAGUUACAAUCAAUUCUCAGGACCUAUACCAUUAUUUCCUGCCAACGCUACUGAUAUUCUGUUGAGUGGAAAUAUGUUCUCCGGUUCAAUUUCAUCCAUUUGCCAAACUAUCCACGGUCAUCUUGAAUACAUUGACCUAUCAAACAAUCUGUUGGCGGGAGACGUUCCCAACUGCUGGAAGAAUAUACCCAACUUGCACUCCCUCAAUUUGGCUAACAACAGUUUUUCUGGUGAAAUUCCUGCCUCUCUGGGCACCUUACAUAACCUUGGUGCACUACAAAUGCAUGGUAAUGAGUUAUGUGGUGAGUUGCCUUACACUUUGAGACUGUGCCAAGCAUUGCAAAUGAUUGAUGUUGGAGGGAACAAGUUAACAGGAGAGAUCCCCACUUGGAUUGGCCAACUGUAUAAACUGCAAAUUCUAAACCUUCGUGGAAAUAAAUUGCAUGGCGAGAUUCCUCUCCAAAUAUGCAAUCUUACCAGUAUUAAAGUCUUGGAUAUGUCGAUAAACAAUCUAUCUUCAAUAAUACCUGAUUGCUUCAACAGUUUUACUGUCUUGGCUAGUAAGGAUUCCACAUUUUUUGAUCUUUUUCUGUUUGAUCCAAUAUACAUUAUCAACGAAAAGAAGCACAAUGGAUAUUCAUCAUUUCAAUGGAAAGGUAAGGAAUCUGAAUUUUGGGAUAAUCUCGCACUUCUCAAACUCAUUGAUUUUUCUAGCAAUAGAUUGACCGGAAACAUUCCCAAAUCAUUUUGCACUUUGAGAGGUUUAAUAUCCUUGAAUCUAUCAAGAAAUAGUCUGAAAGGAUAUAUAAUUCUGGAUAUUGGUAAUAUGGAGGUGCUAGAUUCUCUUGAUUUAUCUCAUAACCAACUCUACGGCAAGAUACCUACAAGUUUGGCCGAAAUACACAAUCUUGGCUUUCUUGAUUUGUCAAACAACAAUUUUUCUGGAAAAAUUCCGACGAGUACUCAACUUCAGAGCUUCAAUGUAUCGUCUUAUGCUGAGAAUGAUGGACUUUGUGGCGACCCUCUGCCAAAGUGUCCUGGAGAUAGCUUGAGGCCAUCCACCCCUAAUCCGGAGGAAAACAUGAAUGAGAAAGACGGCAUCAACUUCUCAUUUAUGCAAGAAGUUGGCAUAUCAAUGGCCUUUGGUUUUAUCUUUGGAUUUUGGGGAGUUAUUGGUUCAUUCAUAUGGAAGAAAUCAUGGAGAAUUGCAUUCUUCAACUUGUUGGAUGCUGCUGGAGAUUGGUUCUACGUCAGGAUUGUUGUGUUUGUAUCCAAAUGGAGAUGAUGCUGAAAUGCAGCGGUGAAACUACGCGCUCUAGAGUUGAAUCAAGGUGCACAAAGUCAUUGCUUAUGUAAUUUGGAUCUUUCUAUGUUACUAUAAUUUGUAUUUUUUUUUUCCUUCUAUUUUAUGUAAGGGUUUACGUAAUUUUACUAUGUUUUCAGUCUUUUUACUUUCAUUUGUAACCUUAUGUUGGUGUGUCUUUGUUUCAAAUAAAUUUAGUUCUACACAAACAGUAUGUACUUAAACUUUCC